ACCUUCUGUUGAUUUUUGAAAAUAGUCUGGAUUCAAAUUUGAAAACAUUCUUUCCAAUCAAAAUAAAAAUAUCUGUUAAUGACAUAUUAGUCUAUUUUUUAAAUUCAACUUAGAAAUAGUGCAUUUUUUAGUUGGAAAGGGGAGAAGGAGCUUUGGUGGUGAAACCUCAAAGUAAAGAAAAUCAUUCAAGGAAAGAGGUUAGCUGAGAAGAAGUGGAACACUGAGGGGAGGAGAAAUGAAUACAUUGAGACGCGAUGUAGGGCAAAGGUCGAGGUGGCAAAGGCCAAACGAGGCAUAUGAUGACAUGCAUGCCCAGUUGGACACUAAAGAAGGAGAAAAGGAGAAGUACCCAGUGGUACUGCAUGCGGAGGUCUGGAGUGGCAGAGAAGUAUGUUAGAAUAAUACAGGACAUCUAUGAGGGCAACAGGACAGUGGUGAGGUGUGACAGAGGAGGUGGAGGUGGGAGUGCAUCAGGGAUCAGCCCCGAGCCCCUUCCUGUUUGCAGUGGUAAUGGAUGGGCUGACAGAUGAGAUUAGACUGGAAUCCCCGUGGACCAUGGUGUUCGCAGAUGACGUCGAGAUCUGCAGUGAAAGCAGGGAGCAGGUGGAGGAACCUUUAGGAAGGUGGAUACCAAUACGUUCCUUUUAAUUGUCCUUUUUAAAAAAAAAAAAAAACAUUUUCCGCGUACAGAUUUAUUACAUAUGAAAUAUUUUAUCAAGGAUUGUUUAUUUGGAUAAUCAUAGUUUUCUAGCCAUGAUUAUGAACCAAAAUGAAAAGUAAAGAACCUUUGGUAACAGUUAAUAUGUUGGGCUGGAUGUUCAUUGUCGUUGUCCAUGGUGCUGGAAUUGCUUGGAGCUGACUAUUCAGACAUACAAAUGAAGUUGUAGCAGCUAUUCGACCUCGUUCGUUCUUCUUUUUUAUCUGCGUUUUCUAUUCGCUGAAAUCAAUUUCCUCCGUAGUUAUGUAUUAACACCUUAUUUUCGUGGUUGUAUUGUUGUUUGAAGUUUAGGUAUCAUAUCUGUGUCAUCAUUCUCAAUAUUUGUUCAUGUUGUCAUACCUUUUGUUGAUUUUUUAAAAAUAGUCUGGAUUGAAUAUUGAAUGCAUUCUUUCCAAACAAAAUAAAAAUAUCAGUUAAGUAUAUAUGUAUUUUUUAAAAUUAAAACUUUUGCAAAAGAAAACGCUAUUUAUGAAAUUAUUUUAACAUCAUCUUGAGAUAAAUAUUUUUGUCCAGCAUUUUUUUCACAUUGUCAUAUUGGUAAAAUAGAAAAUGUAAACAACCCGAUUCCAAAAGCGUUAAGUACAACAUCCAAUUGUCCAGUCUUGCUAUUUUGUUAUUUUGUGGCCCCAGAUUAUUAAAAAUAAAAAAAUUAAAAAAAAGCAGUUUCCGUUGGCAAUCACAUGGAGGUGCACUACCGCCAAAAUGCUCUGAGCGCCGCUCGUGCUACGUCAUUGAAUUCGAAGGAAACUCGUCCGUGCAGCAGUCCUCCUCUCGGACUCCUUUUCGAGCUUCGCAGACGAGAAAGACGACGCUCUGCUCGCCAUUCGACGAGGAACGUUUUCCGUGGAUUCUCGUGUUUGAUUCGGUUUUUAUUGUCAAGGAUUCCUGUCGGUGUUUGGAUAUUUUCGGAUCCGCGAUGGAGCGUCUGUGGAUGCGCGCUGUCAGAGGCCGAUGGCGCACACUGUUUGUCGUUCUUUGUCUCUGUGAGCUGCGCUCCGUGAGCGGACAGGCUCGCUAUUCCAUACCGGAGGAGCAGGCGGAAGGCUCUUUCGUGGGGAACAUUGCGAGAGAUUUGGGCUUGGAUGUGGCCAGACUAGUAGCAGGUAAAGCUCGUAUUAUUAGCAAAGGAGGCCGACAGUAUGUUGAUUUCAAGCGAGACAAAGGCACACUUGUCAUUCAAGAGCGCAUCGACCGAGAGGAGCUUUGUGGAAAGACGACGCCCUGCAGCUUCACUUUCGACAUCAUUUUAGAAAAUCCCAUCCAACUUUAUCGCGUGACAGUGGAGGUCGUGGACAUGAAUGACAACAGUCCGUCCUUCCCUCAGUCGGAAAUUCAUUUGGAAAUCGCUGAAAGUGUCGCAUCCGGGGCGCGUUUCUCACUCGAGAAUGCGGAUGACCCAGAUGUUGGUAUUAAUGACAUUCAAAAAUAUGUUCUUAAGCCUUCAGAUCAUUUUAAAUUGGAAGUACAAAAUCAACCAGAUGGAGCCAGAUUCAUGGAAAUGGUUUUAGAGAAGCCUUUAGACCGAGAACAGGAGGAGAGUCUGACACUCAUGCUGAUUGCGUCAGAUGGUGGCGAGCCACAUCGGUCAGGGACGGCGAGAAUUCAAAUCACUGUGCUGGACGCAAACGACAACGCGCCAGUGUGCACUCAACCUGUUUAUAAGGUCGAUGUGCGAGAAAAUUCACCUGCAGGAACCUUGAUCGCGACUGUGAGUGCAAGCGACGCUGAUGCUGGCCUCAAUGGUGACGUCACAUAUUCCACUCGUUCUACCAAAGACACAGAGCAGGUUUUUGAUGUAAAUGUUAAAACUGGAGAGAUUAAAGUUUCAGGUAAAUUAGAUUUUGAGAAAUCGAAGAGUUAUCAGUUAAACGUCCAGGCUAGAGAUCACGGAGGAUAUACAGACACGUGUAAAGUUUUCAUCAACAUAAUUGAUGAGAACGACAACGUCCCCACAAUCAAGUUGAUGUCCUUUUCUCAGUCCAUACCUGAGGAUUCUCCCCCAGGUGCAACCGUGGCUGUUUUUAACGUGAAUGAUGACGACGCUGACGGCAACGGUGUUGUCAAGUGUGCCAUUAACGCUGACGUCCCGUUUAAAAUCGAGUCUUCAUUAGCGGGUUACUACACCAUAGUGACCGAAAACUUGUUAGACCGGGAAAGCGUCCCCGAAUAUAACGUGACCAUCACAGUGUCCGACCAAGGCUCUCCGCCUCUGUCUAGUAGUCAAAACGUCAACGUUCAAAUAUCCGACGUGAACGACAACCCGCCCGAAUUCCAUCAGUCGGAAUACAGGAAGACCGUAGCAGAGAACAACCCUCCCGGUUUUUCCGUCUUGACCGUCAGUGCCGGUGACGCGGACUGGGGCCGGAACGCUCGAGUGUCUUACUUCCUGGAGGAGAAAGAAGUUCACGGAGCAGCCGUGUCUUCUUUUGUCUCGGUCCAUCCGGAGAGCGGCGUCGUCCGCGCGCUCCGAUCCUUCGAUUACGAACAAAUCAAGUCGUUCGACUUCAACGUGAGCGCCCGCGACUCCGGAUCCCCUUCCCUGAGCUCCGCGGCCGCCGUUCGCAUCCUGAUCCGGGACCAGAACGACAACGCCCCUCAGGUCCUGUACCCGGUCCAGCCGCACGCCGAAAUGGUGCCUCGUUCGGCAGACGCGGGCUAUCUGGUGACUAAAGUGGUGGCCGUGGAUGUGGACUCUGGACAGAACGCCUGGCUCUCCUAUAAAGUGCAGCACAAAUUUGGGGGCGCAGACAGGGGGGCGCUGUUUGAAGUGGGCCUCCACAAUGGAGAAAUGCGAACUGUCCGCCAAGUGACUGAUAAAGAUGCUGUCAAACAAAGACUGACUGUCGUAGUGGAGGACAACGGGCAGCCCUCUCGUUCGGCUACGGUCGCGGUCAACGUGGCGCUGGCGGACGGCUUCUCCGAAGUGCUGAGGUCGGAGUUCGCCGACGACUUUAGCGAGGACUACGACGACCGGCUGACUUUUUACUUAGUCUCGGCUUUGGCCGCGGUCUCCUUCCUCUUCGUCGCCUGCUUGCUGCUUAUCGUGUCGCUCAAAGUGUACAGGUGGAGACGGUCUCGCGUCCUGUACCGCUCCGACCUCCCCGUCAUUCCGUAUUAUCCGCCGCGCUACUGCGACACUUUGGGGACGGCGGGGACGCUCCCGCACGUCUACAAUUACGAGGCGUGCGCCGCCGCCAAGAGUCACGUGACGAACACGCAAGCCGUGAGUCAAAGUUUAGUGAGUGUGGACGGAGCGGACGCUGACGUGCCGCACGGCGGCGAGCAGACGUCGGGGAACUGCUCUCGGAUGUCGACUUUGGUGAGUCAAUUGUUUCUCUGUUUCAUGACUUUUACUGCUUCUCGAGGUUGUAUGACUUGUUUUGCUUUAUGUUGCUGAAAGGUUGAUGUUUUGAACUUAAUGCAAAUCUUGUAACUGAGCAAAAUUGUGAAAAUAUUUGUUGAUGCUCGGUUGACUUUGUAGUUUGUCAAUUUGCUUACUUACAAGCAGGGCUUGACAUUUGCU